UCUGGUUCCUUCCUUCAGAUCACCCAGUUAAAGAUUGAAAACAAUCCCUUUGCUAAAGGAUUUAGAGGUAGUGACGAUAUGGAGCUACACAGAAUGUCAAGAAUGCAAAGUAAAGAGUACCCGGUGGUUCCUAGGAGCACGGUGAGACAAAAAGUGUCUUCUAAUCACAGCCCUUUCAGUGGUGAGACCAGGGUUCUCUCGGCCUCCUCCAACCUAGCAUCCCAGUAUCAGUGUGAGAAUGGGGUGUCUAGCACCUCCCAGGACCUGUUACCACCUGCCAAUACGUUCCCGAUCUCCCAGGAGCAUGGCCAGAUCUACCACUGCACCAAGAGAAAAGAUGAGGAAUGUUCCACCACUGAGCAUCCAUACAAGAAACCCUACAUGGAAACCUCCCCAGCAGAUGAGGAUCCCUUCUACAGAUCCAGUUACUCCCAGCCACAAGGACUGAAUACCUCAUACAGGACUGAAUCUGCCCAGCGCCAGGCUUGUAUGUAUGCCAGCUCUGCUCCCUCUACGGACCCCGUGCCCAGCCUGGAAGACAUCAGCUGUAACACGUGGCCUACUGUGCCAUCUUACAGCAGUUGCACAGUGGCUGCCAUGCAGCCUAUGGACAGACUACCUUACAGCAUUUCUCUGCCCAUUUCACCUCGGGUCCUCUUAUGCCCCGUCUUGCUGGUGUAGCCAAUCACACAUCACCACAAAUAGGGGACACACAUAGCAUGUUCCAGCACCAAACCUCUCUCUCUCACCAGCCCAUCGUCCGGCAGUGUGGACCUCAGGCGGGCAUCCAAUCUCCUCCCAGCA